AUGCAGGCACUGUUCGAACGCCUCACGCACGAUCUCGCCAGUGCCCUCUCCAUUGCCCUCAUCGUCCGCGGCAGUUCGCCUCCGUGCCCCGCCUGCGAUUGCGUGUGCUCGCCCGCGCUGCAUUGCCCCGCGCUGGAGUGCCGCUGCCCAGACGGCUUGGGCGCGGUGACCGCCGCCCCCUCGGCGGCCGAGGCCUCGGCCCUCUCGGGCGCCGCGCUGGGCACCUCGCUGCUCCUCGGCGCGCUGGGCGGCUGGUCGCUCGCCCGCUGGGCCUCGCGCUGCACGGCACCCUCGACUCGGGGUAAGCUGGUCGCGCUGGAGGCGGACGUGCGCACGACCGACUUGGCCAGCGUAGUCGUGAUGGCGACGCCCGUCGCUGGGCACCUCCACCUGGUGAGGUACAAUGUGGGCGGCCCUGCGAUCUACCACGAGCGUCUGACGCUGUUGCCUGGGUACAUCCUCACGCCCGACGGCGAUGACUAUGCCGAGGUGUGGGCGGCGCUCCGCCGCGCGUCUGCCCAGGGGUUCGGAGCGACGCCCGCGUCGCCGUUCUGCAUCGACCUGAGCGCCUCCAACGUGCUGGGAUUGGCCGCUGGAACGCUGCCUCUCCCCGACCCUGCAGCCGUCGCGCCUGGCGCGGGCGCUGGAGCCCUGGCGCCUGCGGGGGCCCCCGGGUUGCCAGGCGGCGCCGCCCCCGCGGCGGGCGCCCCGCCGGCUGCAGGUGCCGCCGCCCCGCUGCCCGCCCUCGGCGCCCCCGCAGCUGCUGGACCCCCCGCUGGAGUUGGGGGCGUCGGCGCCCUGGCGGCCGCCCUCGGGGGCGGAGGAGCUGGAGCGCCCGCCGCCGUGGCUCCAGUGCCUGGUUCCGCGCCCGCCGCCGCUGCGCCGCCUCUCGUCGGGGACCCGCGGGCGAUGGCGCUGGUGCUCGACGGCCGCUGCUUUCGGGACAUCACUUUCAGCGACGCGGUGAAGCUGCAGACCGAGACGGUGAGGGCCGACUGGCCCGUCAAAGGCCCUCGGACACUGCUCUGGGUGCUUGGCUUCAUGCUACGCAUGGCUGGAGGUGCCAUGGCAUGGCACAACCGAUGGAUUGCGAUGAUGCAGCUAGGAGAGUCCGACGAGAACGUGAAGCUCCACGAGACCUUGUGCCGCGUGAUAGAGACCGCCCUCUGUCACGACCAGCUGGCGAUAUGCGAGCUGGCCCCCUACGAGUACCUCGCCCGCCAGCUACAGUUGGUGGAGGAGCGCGCGUUCGAGGAGCGCGCGCGCAGGAGCCAGCCCGUGCCGAAGGCCAAGGCUCAGGCCAAGGAGCUCUCGGCUGCGGACUUCGGCUCCGAGGUCGGCCACUUCCUCGGCACGGGAGAGACGAAGGGGAACCUGUGCAUCUGUCCUGCUGCGAUGGAUUGGAUCGCCGAUCAGAUGAAGAGGGGCCUCACGAGCCGUUUCCCGUAUCUCGUGAGCCUGGCCAGGAUUGCCCUGAGGCCCUCGUGCCUCCGCCUGGUCUGGACGCGCCCAUACGUGGUGCCGAUCGCCAGCGUGACGUUUUUCCGCUACCUCAUCUUCCUGUGGAUGGGCGCCGCCAUCUUCCGCUGGGUCGCGCUGCUCGUCUGCGCGCUGCCAAAGGUCGGUGGCGACCCGCCCGCCGUUCAGGCUGCCUCGGUGGACUACCUCUCGAGCCUGCAUCGGGAGUUCGAGCUGCCUGCCGCCUACUCGGAGAGGAGCAGCGCCUGCGAAGCAUCCCUGGUAGAGAUGCUCGUUCAGGCUCCUGGCUACGCUGGUGACAGCGGUCGGGCCCGCCCCUACAGCCAGCCUCUCGCGGCCUGGCCCAAGUCGACGAAGGCUGUGUCCACCGCCGACGUCGUCUCGGAUGCCGACUCCAUCGUGCUGCAGGGUUGUAGGCAGACUAUGCUGAAUUCCGAGUCGGUUGCUGCGGAGCCCCGCGACGCGUUGGGCAUUCAGCGCCCGCACGUCGAUCCCGAGCUUCGCCAUCAGCCUAAGUCUCACGCCCAGUUUUUGAAGCAGCUGGAGGCCCACGACAUGAUCUCAUGGAGGGCCGCCAGUUCUCAGUCUUCGCACACAAUCGGUUUCUUCUUCGUGGAGAAAUCUAACCACAUGCUUAGGCUCGUGUUCGACACUAGGCUGGCCAACUGCAGUUUUGCCACACCGCCAGCCACCAAGCUUCCCACGCCCAGUGCGUGGGCCAGUGUCGAUUGCGACGACAGUUUCGUUUUUGCACAAGGCGAUAUACAAUGUGCCUUCUACCACCUGCGCCUGCCCCCAGGGAUGGAGUCGCUGUUCUCGCUGCCCGCGAUCUCAAAUCGUCACAUCGGCCUCACACCUAUCAAUGGGAGGCCCGUCGGUAUCCACGAUUUU